AGUCUCCACUCCUCUCCCCCGUCGCGCUCGGCCUUUCUGCUUUCGCUUUCACAGUUUCACGGCUUACCAUUUCCUUCCCAUCUCUCCCUCCCGCCACCCCCCUCUUUCUCCCCCUCCGUGUCUCGCCUUUGCAGAAAGAAAGGCGCCACGAACCCAGCAACAACACCCAGCACAAAGGCGAAACGGGGAAAAAGAGGAGGAAAACAACAAGAGGACGCGAGGGGUCGGGGUGGGAGAGGGAGGCUACACUACAGCAGCAGCAGAAGCAGAGCGGGAGAGUGAUGAGGGAGUGAGACCAGGCCAGCCAAGCCAGGCCCGGGCGCUCGGAAAGUGCGGAGCCGUUUCCCCUCUAUCUCCACUCUCUCCAGGGCCAGGUGCUCACUGCGCUGCGCCUCUUCGCACGCACCACCCGUACUACGUGCCCACCCGCGCGCGCGCCGAGGAGAAGAGACCCACGACCGUACGUGCGUGCGCGCCAUGUCGUCCGCCGCUGGGGGCGGCGGGUACGGCGGCGGCCAGGGUGGAGGCGCGGAGCACCACCACCACCACCACGGGCACGCCGGUCACCUCCUGCUCCACCACCAUCCGCAGCACGUGGCCGGCGCGGCCGUUGCGGCAGCGGCCGCGGCGGCGGGCGGGCAGAUGUACCACGUGCCCCAGCACAGCCGGCGCGAGAAGCUCCGGUUCCCGCCGGACGCCGGGGACUCGCCACCGCCUCAUGGUCAUGGUCAUGGUCAUGCCCCGCAGCAGCAGCAGCAGCACGGGUCGUGGCCUCCGCCCCCGGCGUUCUACUCGUACGCGUCCUCGUCGUCGUCGUACUCCCCGCACAGCCCUACUCUAGCGCAGGCGCAGCUGGUGGCGCACGGGCUGGCGCCGCCGCUCCCGCAGAUCCCGACGCAGAACUUCUCGCUGUCGCUCUCCUCCGCGUCGUCGAAUCCUCCACCACCGCAGGCGCAGCCGAGGAGGCAGCUCGGCGGCCUCGCGCAGGCCACGGGGCCGUUCGGUCCCUUCACCGGCUACGCCGCCGUGCUCGGCCGGUCCCGUUUCCUCGGCCCGGCAGAGAAGCUGUUCGAGGAGAUCUGCGACGUCGGCGGCGCUGCUUCGCACGUCGACCGCACCAUCUCCGACGAGGGCCUGCUCGACGCGGAUCCGAUGGACGGCGUCGAUCAUGACGUCGUUGAUCACGACCUCGGCGGCGCUGACCGCGCAGCGGCCGACGCUGGCCCCAUCUCGGGGGCCGAGCAGCAGUGGAAGAAGACGAAGCUCAUCUCCAUGAUGGAAGAGGUUUGCAAGAGGUACCGGCAGUACUACCAGCAGGUUCAGGCUGUGAUGGCCUCGUUCGAGACCGUCGCCGGGUUCAGCAACGCCGCGCCGUUCGCGGCAUUGGCGCUGAGGGCGAUGGCGAAGCACUUCAAGUGCUUGAAGAGCAUGAUUCUGAACCAGCUGCGCAACACGAGCAACAAGGUCGCUGUGAAGGACGGGCUAAACAAGGAGAUCGCCGUGUUCGGGCUCGCCGGGGGUAGCAGCGGCGGCGCCGGCCUCCAGCGAGCGAACAGCGCGAGCGCGUUCGGCCAGCCGCACAAUAUUUGGCGCCCACAGAGGGGGCUCCCCGAGCGCGCUGUGUCCGUUUUACGCGCGUGGCUGUUCGAACACUUCCUGCACCCGUAUCCUACCGAUGGUGAUAAGCAAAUGCUAGCAAAACAAACAGGCUUGACACGCAACCAGGUAUCGAACUGGUUUAUCAACGCAAGGGUUAGGUUGUGGAAGCCAAUGGUGGAAGAAAUUCACAACCUAGAGAUGAGGCAAAUGCACAAGCACUCGGUGGUUGACAAGGGCCAGCAUAGCGUGCAUCAUCAGGCCCAGCAUUCUUCGCAGUGCAGCGGGAAUCCCUCCGUUCCUUCGGACUCCCAUCCUGGACAGAGCAGCAGCAUAACUCGGAACCACAACACCGCUGCCUCCCAGGGCUUCCCGGAUGAGCUCUCCCAGAUGUCCCAGUCCAUCCAGGGACAGGUGAGCUUCGCAUACAACGGGCUGACCUCGCAGCACAACAUUGCAUCACCACAUCAUCAGCACCAGCAGGUCGGCGGUGUUGGUAUCGGAGGCGGCAAUGGCGGUGUCUCCCUCACCCUUGGUCUUCACCAGAACAACAGGGUCUGCAUCGCCGAGCCUCUCCCGGCUGCUCUCCCGGCCAACCUAGCUCACCGUUUCGGACUGGAGGAAGUCAGUGACGCCUAUGUGAUGAGCUCAUUUGGAGGUCAGGACCGGCAUUUCGGGAAGGAGAUUGGUGGUCACUUGCUGCAUGAUUUUGUCGGGUGAUUGUGGCUGCUGCCUCAGGUUGCUGGUGAUGCACUUGUAAUGUACUGCUAGUAUGAUGUUAGGAUGGUAUAUAAGUCAAUCACUUGGCGACAUGGCUUGAUGAUCAGUCUGAAUCAAUUUGUUCGGAGGGUGAAAAAACAUUGAUCUUCCCUUCAUGUAGAUCCAGGUAUGCUGUCAAAUAUUUGACACCUUGCGGGCUAUAGAGAGAUUGACAAUACCUUCCCAAGGCAGUAAAGUUGUGUACCAUUUGUUAUAUGCUUAGAUUAAUCCUUGUACUGUGAUGACGAAAUGGGCUUAGCUGGCAGAGAAAAAGAAGCUGAUGUUAUGGCCAAAAAGUGAGGUGAUCCUACCAAAUGUACUAAAGUAGCUGAAGCUUCAAUUUGUCGCUGUAGAAUAAGACCUGCUAGGAUUUAUCUUUCAGCCUGUUUUGUUAGCCUUUCUGCCUUCUUUGGGUGAGCAGUAUUAAACUAAGUUAGUAGACUUUUUUCUAAGUAUGUCUUGUAUCCUUAGACGGGGGUAGCCUCCUAAAGCUUGGACAAACCAUGAUUUGACCAUUUGUUAA